AUGGAGCAUGUUGCGCUCCCAGUCAGUACCAUCUCCCUCCAAAUCCUCCGCCCUCCCGCCGCCCCGGUGGAUCGGCAAGCAUGUAGUAGUAAGCGGUCGUCGCGCGCACGCACCGAGAUACCGCACGUUAGCACAUUCAACUGGAAAUGUUGCUGCUGGCGUGCGCUCCCAUUGAAGAUGCUGCCGACUGGCGUGUGUGCGCAAUUGCCGUUGUUCUCAUUCCAGUCGUUCCACGCCAGCGUGCGCGUCCUCACUGCGCAGAAAGCGACAACGGCUUUCUAUUAUUUAGCAGAGAGAGAGAGGGAGGGAGAGAGUGGAGGGGUGGCCUUGGCUGGCGUGACUCGGUAUGGGUGGGAGGGAGGCGAAUGA